AUUGGAAAUUGUGUAGGCGAAGCUCUCCACUCAGCGCGGCUGCUCGCUCCACACGCCGCGUCUUCCCUGGCCUGUAUAUAGUUAGAGCAUUGGAUCGCGACUUUUCUUACCAACGGACACGGAGGAACUCGCACAAACUUUUUAAACUGGACUUAAUUUUUACAACUUUGAUUUCUUUGGACGGAUCUUCACCCGAAAAAUAAUCUCUGGAUACGGGAACAAAAGGAGAAGAAUUUUAUUUUCGAAACCUCUCUUUUCAAGUGGACUUUAUUGUUAACGGACAGUACACAACACCUAAAGAUGCGAGGGGUCGGACGACAGGAGAUAGCUGUACUUCUGUUCGUUCUAUCGUGUGCAUGCGUAUAUGGUAUGAAAAUCGACUUUUCACGGUUACGACAACUCAGGAAACCAUUCAUACUAGACAAACGAGAUCCUUCAGUAUCAGUAAACAGCUGUCCACCUGACAAGCCGUUUUUAUGUAAAACACCCGGAGCAUGUAUACCACUUGAGUACAUCUGUAACCAUAUGCCAGACUGUCCAGAAGGAUUUGACGAGAACCCUCUUUUAUGCAACGCAAAAAAUAGACCCUCCGUAGAAGAAAUAGAGGAUUUUCUGCUAAAGAACGAAAAAUGGAUUAUCCCCAAACUUUUUGACGGAGCAGACCCAGAACUGGUAGCCCAUAGUUUGGCCAUUGCAUCAGACCUCGAAGAUUUGAAGUUGAUGGUUGGAAUGGGCGAAAAUGCUGCAGACAAUCUUCACGAGGCGUUUGAAGCAGUGUUGGAUGGCGACGAGCGGCCCUUGCGGAAGUUAGGAAUGCCUGAGGAAGAAUGGUAUGACGUCAGCUAUAUGCUUGACAAAUUCCGGGAAGGAGGACUCAGCGUCUGACGUCACUGAAAAUGACCAUUCCAAAAACGGAAGCCAGCCGUCUUUGAAAAGAAAAAAGAACUAAAAAAAGAAACAUGACAUAGAUAAUUAUUUUGUAAAAAAAGGGGGGCAAAAUCAACUGACGGAACGUGAGAUGUGUAUUUUCCAGAAGUUUUUAAGAAUUUAUUUUUGUCUGAGAUAAGUUUAGAAUGACAUUGUGUAACACACGCCUGGUGUAGGCGAGUCCAUCUUGUGUUCAUCAUACACUUACACAAAAAGCAGGAAUAACGAAUCUGUUUUGUUUUGACAUACUGUAUUUCAUAGUAUCACGAAAAAAAAUUGAUAUAUAUAUAUAUAUCACAUGGUUCGCGAAAUGCAUAUUAUCAGUUGGUUAUUACGGGCCACGAAAAAUUCUUAAUUGAUAACUGACCAUUAUGUUUUUUUAGAUUACUACCGAGAGAGCGUGUGAGAGGGCAGGGCGUGAUGUUAUAUAUAUAUUCCAUUGUCUACAACACAUAUCCCGGCCUGUCCUCGGCCACACUGUAUAUACCGAGUUUCCAGAGAUUGCUGAAUAGCACAUUCCGAUAAAUAAAUUACACUAUUCCAAAUCUCCGCACAGAAACGAUGAUAUCUUUAGUGAAUACAUUCCAAUCUACUGUGAUGUCAUAUAUUAGCCAUUUUGACCAGAAACCCAUUCUUUAUAGAACAUCAGUUUUGAAAACAAUUGUUAAUUAUAAAUGUCAUUAUUUGAUUGCAUGUAAAUAACAAAAGAGGAAUGAAAAUGUGAAUUAAGUUGUAUUUCGGGAAUGAGGAGUUGGGGAAUUCUAACAACAAAUAUAAAGUAUAUUACUUUUCAAGCCCUUCCAAAAGUCAAUUAACUAUUGGUACAAUGGAUUAACAUUGUUACGAUAGUUAUUGGAGCCCAGAAUGACCUAUUUUGUGUGUACAUGCCGAUAGGAUUUAUUACACAGUCGAUUAGCUAUUGCCUUGUGAUUUUAAUGAUUACAUAGACUAUACAUAUGCCUUUUUCCAUGAUUUCAUACAUAAUGUUUGAUUUUGUUCUCUCCAGUAAGCUUGUGGCAAAUUGCUCUUCUGCAUCCGCUUUGUAGUAGGGGACGACUGGUUUUUAAUACAUAUUCGCCUUGGCAUUGUCACACCAGCGCUCGUUAUCCGAUAUGUCAGAAACCUCAGCAAAUCGUUGGAAGGUAUACCCUUUCUGACCAAGACGUUCAUCCCGUCUCCAAGGUAAUUAAACCGAUUGAGAUAUCCAUUUGUAAUUCACUCCGCCAAUAGUAAUUAUAAGAAGAUGUACGAUAAUUAUAAGGGGAUCUGAAAAAGCUUCAUAAAGAUUAGACGAUCUGACAGUCGAGUAAAUUCGUGAGAGGAGGAUCAUAUAAAAUGUCUGGACAGACACCUGACCUCGGGUGUAGCUCGCCGAGACACUGCCCGCAAUACCUUUCAAGCCAUACGGUAUGUCGAUGUACUUCAUCCUUCUCAGACUCGUACAGAUCGAUUGGUCAGUGGAAGGGAUCAAAUGAAUUGUCUCAGUGAAAAGAAAAGAUAAUAAACUUAGAGCAAUCGUUUUGAUGUAUCUAUAACAAUGUCAGUUAUAUUGCCGGUGAAGUUGCAAGUGUACGAAGAAGAUGCGACAUGCUUAAGGAUCGAUAGCCAGUUAUUAAAAAUAACGCAUACCAAAAAAAAAACCUUGGAAAUAACAAUAACAAAUACCACAACACUAAUCUCCAAACAAUGAAUAAAACGGUAUACCAGUCUAGUGAUUAAAUCAGUAAGCCAUUUAUAUCAAUGAAAACGGUACACCAGAAAUAGUGAGUAAAACGGUAAACCAUCAAUAGUGAUUAAAACGGUAAACCAUCAAUAGUGUUUAAACGGUAAACCAUCAAUAGUGUUUAAAAUAGUAAACUAUCAAUAGUGAUUAAAACGGUAUACCAUCAAAAGUGAUUAAAACGGUAAACCAUCAAUAAUGAUUAAAACGGUAAACCAUCAAUAGUGAUUAAAACAGUAAACCAUCAAUAAUGAUUAAAACGGUAAACCAUCAAUAAUGAUUAAAACGGUAAACCAUCAAAAGUGAUUAAAACGGUAAACCAUCAAAAGUGAUUAAAACGGUAAACCAUCAAUAGUGAUUAAAACAGUAAACCAUCAAUAAUGAUUAAAACAGUAAACCAUCAAUAGUGUUUAAAACGGUAAACCAUCAAUAGUGUUUAAACGGUAUACCAUCAAUAAUGAUUAAAACGGUAUUCAUGUACCAUCAAUUAUGGUUAAAAUGGUAAACCAUCAAUUAUGGUUAAAACGGUAAACCAUCAAUAAUGAUUAAAACGGUAAACCAUCAAUAGUGAUUAAAACGGUAUACCAUCAAUUAUGAUUAAAACGGUAUUCAUGUACCAUCAAUUAUGGUUAAAAUGGUAAACCAUCAAUUAUGGUUAAAAUGGUAAACCAUCAAUAAUGAUUAAAACGGUAUACCAUCAAUAGUGAUUAAAACGGUAAACCAUCAAAAGUGAUUAAAAUAGUAAGCUAUCAAUAGUGAUUAAAACGGUAUACCAUCAAAAGUGAUUAAAACGGUAAACCAUCAAAAGUGAUUAAAACAGUAAACCAUCAAUAGUGAUUAAAACGGUAAACCAUCAAAAGUGAUUAAAACGGUAUACCAUCAAUUAUGGUUAAAAUGGUAAACCAUCAAAAGUGAUUAAAACGGUAAACCAUCAAUAGUGAUUAAAACGGUAUACCAUCAAUAGUGAUUAAAACGGUAUACCAUCAAUUAUGGUUAAAAUGGUAAACCAUCAAAAGUGAUUAAAACGGUAUACCAUCAAUAGUGAUUAAAACGGUAAACCAUCAAAAGUGAUUAAAACGGUAAACCAUCAAAAGUGAUUAAAACGGUAAACCAUCAAUAAUGAUUAAAAUAGUAAACCAUCAAAAGUGAUUAAAACGGUAUACCAUCAAUGGUAAUUAAAACAGUAAACCAUCAAUAGUGAUUAAAACGGAACAAGGAACCCGUUUUACUUAUAGCUGUAACCUUCGAUGCCAGUGCUUGCCGUGUUUCAGUACAUCCUUCGGACCACUGGUGUAAACAUUACGUAAUGAAAACUACUAUUCGGUACCAUAGCCUAUUCCUAAGGGUGAGCAGAACGAUCGGCAGCCCACAACUAUCACACUAAUGUCAUUGACAGAAAGGACAGAAAAUUACUGUAUUUUGAAAGCUUGGUUUACACUAAAUUGGAGUUGUUAGACUCUGGGAUAUCUAGUGUGAUUACAGUAGGAGGAUUUCUUACGGACAGUGAAACUUUCCAUCGGCGACAUUGUAAAUCUAAUAAAUAAUACUGGACGGGAAUUCGCUAACGCGCCGCAUUUCUGCUAAGUGAUUACACACGCAGUGCUCACGAAUAGACAACCAUUGAACGGCUUUGUUUAGACAGCAAGAGUUCCGUUUAUUUGUCUAAUCAUCUUUAAGCAAUCGUUUGAUGCAAAGCAAAACAAAAUGGACAUUACACUGUCUAGACCGGAAUCAAUAUAAAACCUUAACAUAUCGGAACAUUUUGUUUCAUGCCGCGGUGUACGAUGUAGCCAUUUGUUAAAACUUCCUUUUUUUUUAUUCAAUUUUGUAAUAAAUAUUAAAUCUUGCUUCGAGACAAGAAUACAAACGUAGAAUAUUGAUAGCCAGACAGUCACGUGACGUCUCCCUUGUGCGGCAGCUUGUUUGAACGAGAGAUGUGUGAAAUGUAAUGCAUUAACAGUAGUCGUUAUAGUCUAGGUUGCAUUCUUGUGGCAUCGUUUUGUUACACUCGUUCAUGUUGAUACUUAGAUAUUUAUUAAUGACGUAUAUUUAUUCUAUCUAAAUUUAUUCUUAUUGGUUAAACAACAGCAUGGGUCAUCCUCUAAGGACCAAACGGGUUGGGCUCUUCUCGAGGUUGUUUUGGGUGGAUAUUAACACACUUCGCUACGCAGGUUAAACCAGUGUUAUGACACUUAAUAGCAAAUAUCAUUUGGCCUAGCAGUAAAUUCAUGAAUUUAAGAAUAAUAACAAGAACGUAAAAUUAAGCGAUAAGCUGUGACCUUUUACUGUUAGGGAUUUUGGUGACAGAUACUGCUGGCGAGGAAUGGUAGAUACUACAGGUGUUGUUAUCUCCUGUUUCCGGUCCGAUGUUGUCCGUGGCUUACGUCCCGUGUCCGGAGACUGUUGUUAUGUAUUUACUGGACAACGUACUGGUACCCGUGUGGUCAUCCCACUAUAUAAUCCAGCGCUACGCGAAGAACAUAUAUUAUAACGGAAUCGAAGAUAAAUGGAAAUCUGGACUUAAUCACGUGAAACACAUCAAAUUGAUGAUAACAUAUUUGAUUUGACUAUUAUUAAAACAAGUAAACAUAAAAAGGAUUAAAUAUUUAGUUUAACGAUAAGUUGUUCCAUACAAACAUUAUUGGAAGGAUUUCGCAAAGUGUUUCGGAAAGUAUGCAAUUUUUAAUUGGCAUCUUGAUGUUGAAUUGAAACCAAAUACAGAUAGAGUUAAAACUGUUGUUCACACUUGGAUCAGAUAUAAUUGUGAUUUAUCAGACUGGUCCAAAUCUCAUGUAAAGAUUAUGAUUCUGAAUAAAAGAAUAUUUUGUUUCUUCGCA